ACUGACUGAGCCACCCAGGCGCCCCUUGAUUUGUUUUUGAAACUCAUUUAUACGGUGACUACCUCCAAAGUAACCUGGCUUCUCUAAGACAGUGUAUACAUUGCGGUGGAAGUGGAGGAAGCCUGUGCUGGAAAACAACGGGAAAACAAUGGCAUGUCUUCUCUUUCACUCAUAGAAGUGGCAUUUGUGUUCCGUAGAGUACUGUAAAGCGAUUUGAAAGUGUUUGAGUGGAUAGCAAAAUGAUUAACAGAGCAAGUUCCUUUUUAUGGAACCUCGGACAAUUUAGUACUUUUGUUCCAACAAGCAGAACUAUGAGGCUAUAUCCUUUGGGAUUUUCCAGACUAAAAGUUGUUUUUUCAAACAAUUCAAACCAGAGAAACCUCUUAAGUGACUUUGGCAAUAGGGUGCAGCCAUCUAUUAGAUAUCUUUUUCAGGAUGCCUUAAUUUUUAAAUCAAGAGAUUUUAAAACAAGGGGCAUAAGCACUGAAACAGUCCUUACAGUUAACAAAGUGCUUUGUCCUAGAAGACUGUCCUUUGAUUCAAAACGCUCUCUUGUCUCUGACGAUGGAUUGAAGAUAAACUUUCAUCUUGAGGCCUCCAGUGAAGAUGUUCUCACCAAGGAAACAAAACCGACCCCUGUCAACUAUAGAAAACUGGCUCAGGAGUGUAGUUCUCUGAGUGAUGUGUUAGAUACAUUUUCAGAAGCACCUACUUUUCCCAGUAGUAACUAUGUUUCAGCCAUGUGGACAGUUGCCAAGAGGCUGUCUGAGGACCAGAAGCGCGCUGAGAAACAACUGAUGUUUAACCACCCUGCGUUUAGCCAGCUGUGCGAACAAAUGAUGAGAGAAGCCAAGAUCAUGCACUGUGACCACCUGCUGUUCAGUCUUCUUGCUGUAGUGAAGCUGGGAAUUCCUCAGAACACUCGGCUCGUACAGACUUUGCUCAGGGUGGUCCAGGAACGUAUCAAUGAGUGUGAUGAGAAAUGUCUUUCAGUUUUGUCAACUAUUUUAGAGGCAAUGGAGCCAUGCAAGAAUGUGGAUGCUCUUCGAGCAGGAGUGUGGAUACUAGCUGAUCAGCAAGUCUGGAAAAUUGAACGUGUUUUCACAUUACAAGCUGUGAUGAAAUGUGUUGGAAAAGGUGCACCAAUUGCUCUUAAAAGGAAACUGGAGAUGAAAGCCUUGCGAGAAUUAGACAGAUUUUCCGAUUUGAACAGCCAGCACAUGUUUGAGGCCCUAGCUGCCAUGAACCACCGCUCCGUUACACUUCUGAAUGAAUGCAGUAAGAUGGUCCUAGGCAAUAUCCAUGGGUGUCCUUUUAGAGUAUUGAUCAGCAUAUUGCAGGCAUGCAGAGACCUCCGCUACCGGAAUGUAGAUCUUUUUAAGGGAAUAGCAGAUUAUGUGGCUGCCACUAUUGACAUCUGGAAGUUAAAACAAGUUCUCUUUCUCCUCAUUUUACUUGAAAACCUUGGCUUCCGACAUACUGACUUGAUGGACUUGUUCAUGAAGAAAGUGAUAGAUGAUCCUGCCUCUCUAAACAUGAAAAGCAUUAUCUCUAUCCUUCAUGUGUAUUCGUCUCUCAAUCACUUCCACAAAUGCCAGACCCAAGAGUUACAGGAAGCUCUGGCUAGUUCCCUGACUGGUUAUCUUCACCACAUCUCUUCUGAAAACCUGUUGAAUGCUGUGUGUUCAUUUUGCUUGAUGAACCAUUUUCCCCUGGCCCUUAUCAAUCAGCUUCUCCAGAAGGACAUCAUCAAUGAGCUGCUGACCUCAGGUGACAUAGAGAGGAACACUCACAAGCUUCGUGUUUUGGCUGCUUGCCUAAAACUUGAUAUUUCUUGUCACAAGGCCGGAGACUUGGCGCUGCCGCCGCUGCCUUCCACCCCGUUUUAUUCAAAUGCGAAGGUGGCAGACGCGCUAAGUAGCCUUCUGGGAGAAGGAUGCUUCCUAAAAAACGUACAGUUGCCGCAUAAUUAUCAUAUCGAUUUUGAAGUCAGAAUGGAUGUUAACAGGAGUCAAGUGCUUCCGUUCUCCAGUGUGGACGUGGUACCGGCUGCUGCAGAUAUUCAAAGAGUAGCUCUGCUGUGUGUUCCUAGAUCUGCUUACUGUUUGGAUUUAACCCACCCCAAAGGAUUCCUUGCUAUGAAAAUGCGGCAUUUGAAAGUAAUGGGUUUUCACGUAAUCUUGGUGCAUAAUUGGGAGAUAGAAAAACUGGAGAUGAAGGAUAUAGUCACAUUUCUGAAGACCGAACUCUAUUCAGCUGAAGUCUUUCCUACAACUGAUGUAAAUCUGCAAAGCGCGUGUUGAGAUGGAAGCAACCUUUUCAUAUUAGGAGACAGAAAUUUGUAAAAUAACUUUAAUAAAGACAACAAUUCAGUUGUCAGUGGAAUCUCCGUGACUACUCACCAUAACAAAAAGCGUCACUUCAGUUCACUGUUAGAAUUAACUUUAAGAGCGGGGGAAAUGUUGUUACUGGCACUUUAGAAGGCGCUGAGAAAGCCCCAGCAGGGUCCCUGUUCCAGCCCUACCUGUCGCUCCGGUGCACAGAUACUUGACCCAUUCGUGAGGUCUCACGUCUGCUCGUGAGCUUUGAUGCGCGGACCCCGGCGCGUAGUUGUGAAGGGCGGCAGCCAAGGCGGCGUGGGCGCCUCGGGUCCCAGGCUGCGCAUUUGUACUCCUGCUGCGUGCGCUGCUCGAGGACUCGGGCCCGGGCCCCGUCGCAGUUGGACCAGGUGCUCAGAUGGCAGAAUGUGGAAGAAACGAUGAAGUGGCAUGUGACAAAUGGCUGCGGGCCAGGCGUCUGCUUUUGUAACAGGCGUCCUAGGUGGAAGUGGCUUGUGGGCCACACAAAGAGGUACACAGAAAAGACAGUACAGAGAUGGCAACGAGUCCAAAUUAUUAAAACUGAUAGCUGUGGGUUGCUGACAUGUAA